CGUCAACUGCCACAAAUACAUAUAAACUUCAAAACUGAUAUCCUUAUAAAAUGUCAAGACAGAAAACGUAAAGUAACAAAAAUAAACUAGUCAAUUAGUCCGAUAAAUUUACAAGAUUGCUUUAACAUGAUAGAUAUAUAAAUAAUAUUAAGUACAAAGUACACAACAAAAAAAAUGCCGCGACAAAAAUCAUUUAAAACUGUGUGUGUGGAUAGCGUUCUUUUCUUUGCAUUGUUCGCUCUAGCGGGCCACUUGACUAUCAAUUUUUGGGAAAGAUACACAAUUCAAAAUGAACUGUCUACAAUGAAAAAUAGUUUACACAACCUAAAGGAUACCAUAACGAAUAUCGGACAGGCAUACGACAAUCUUCAUACUGAACUUACUGACCUAAUAGAUGUGGUCGAUCCGCCUCCCGCAACGGUCGUGAUACCCUCAAAGAAUUAUAAAAAACUAAAAGAUCCAGACGCCAAACGAUGUAAGAACAAACCUUACUUUAGUCGCAGAGCCCCUCGCGAUAUUCAAGUUCAAGCCAUAAUUUCUAAACGAAACGAUAAAAAGAGAGUUGGUGUAGGGACUCUGACAGACGCUGAAAUUGUAGCAUCCAAAAUAACAACAAUACCUCUUAGAAACAAAUCAACAGCACCUAUGGCCAAAAAUACUGCAACAAACACGAAGAAUCCUGUUAUGUCUACAGGAAUAACUUCAGAUUUAUCUAAUUCUGAGACAGAUCAAUAUUAUCGUCAAUGUAAUCAUUCUGUAUGCAAUCACAAUCAUCUAGAAAACCACAAAGACUUUGAAAAUUAUAGAAACGUUAUGUACUAAAAUAUAUUUAAAGCUAUCUACACAGAUCAAGUCACUCAAAUGAACUUAAAUCUAAACAUUUAUCGCUUUCAGAUGUUGUGUGAGGUAAAAGUGAGAAUUGAAGAGACAUGUUCCAGAUACGUUUACUUUAUUUUUAAUAAAUUAUUGAAUAAUGACA